AUGACACCUAAAAACAUUCAAAGUGCAGACAUUUUCCUUCAACCUCUUGGAGAUGGAACCAAUUCCGACGAAGAUAGCGGAGAUGAAGACCACAGUGGUGACAUUGACAACUUAUCUAGGCAAAAGUUGUUAGCUGAUGUGGAUGUUGAUAUUGAAUUACUCUCUGGUGAAGCUGUGACUAUUAGAUCAGAUGGAAACAUUCCUGAAGAUGAGAGCAUUGAAACAGUUCUGGAAGAUGGUCUAACCCCUGGUGUAUCCGAAUCAGAUGUCACGGUAGAUUCAAAUAAUUCUCUGAAUAACCGUUUUUGUAAAUCGUCCUUCAUACCAACUGCCCCAUGCAGCACAAUGGCGAAAACUCGACAUACCCAAGGAAUUAGGUUGUCAAAGAUUGUGGGAAGAGCCAACACCUGA